AUGCCGCGCCUGGUCCCCGCGCGCCACCGCCCGGCGCUCCUGCUGCUGCUCUGGCCGCUGCUGCUCCUGCCGUCCCCGGCCGCCCCCGGUCCCCAGGCCCGCCCGGGCUUCCGGAGGUUGGGGACCCGCGGUCCCGGGGGCAGCCCCGGCCGCCGCCCCACGCCCGCGGCUCCCAGCGGCGCGCCCCAUGCCGGGGCCCCCGCGCCAGGUGUUUGCAAGAGCAGGCCCUUGGACUUGGUGUUUAUCAUCGAUAGUUCUCGUAGCGUACGGCCACUGGAAUUCACCAAAGUGAAAACCUUUGUCUCCCAAAUAAUUGACACUCUGGACAUUGGGGAAGCUGACACACGGGUGGCAGUGGUGAACUAUGCUAGCACUGUGAAGAUCGAGUUCCAUCUCCAGGCCUACACAGAUAAGCAAUCCCUGAAACAGGCUGUGGCACGAAUCACACCCUUGUCUACAGGCACCAUGUCCGGGCUGGCUAUCCAGACAGCAAUGGAUGAAGCCUUCACGGUGGAGGCAGGAGCUCGGGGGACUGCCUCCAGCAUCCCUAAGGUGGCCAUCAUCGUGACAGAUGGGCGGCCCCAGGACCAGGUGAACGAGGUGGCGGCUCGGGCCCGGGCAUCUGGUAUUGAGCUUUAUGCUAUAGGUGUGGACCGGGCAGACAUGGAGUCCCUCAAGAUGAUUGCUAGUGAACCCCUGGAUGAACAUGUUUUCUACGUGGAGACCUAUGGGGUCAUUGAGAAACUUUCCUCUAGAUUCCAAGAAACCUUUUGUGCCCUAGACCCGUGUGUGCUGGGCACACACCAGUGCCAACACGUGUGCAUCAGUGAUGGGGACGGCAAGCACCACUGUGAGUGUAGCCAAGGAUACACCUUGAAUGCCGACAAGAAAACGUGCUCAGCUAUCGAUAAGUGUGCUCUUAACACUCAUGGAUGUGAACACAUCUGUGUGAAUGACAGAACUGGCACUGGCUCUUACCACUGUAAGUGCUACGAAGGUUAUACCUUGAAUGAGGACAGAAAAAGUUGUUCAGCUCAAGAUAAAUGCGCUCUUGGUACACAUGGGUGUCAGCACAUUUGUGUGAAUGACAGAGCGGGGUCCUAUCACUGUGAAUGCUAUGAGGGCUACACUCGGAAUGCAGAUAAAAAAACAUGUUCAGUCCGUAACAAGUGUGCUCUGGGCUCUCAUGGUUGCCAGCACAUUUGUGUGAGUGACGGGACAGAAUCUUACCACUGCGAUUGCCAUCCCGGCUACACUUUGAGUGAAGACAGGAAGACAUGUUCAGCCAUUGAAGAAGCACGGAGACUCAUUUCCACUGAAGAUGCUUGUGGAUGUGAAGCCACGCUGGCAUUCCAGGAGAGGGUCAGCUCAGAUCUCGAGAGACUGAACACCAAACUUGAUAACAUUUUGGAGAAGCUGCAAGUAAACGAAUAUGGACAAAUACAUCGUUAA